AUGACCGUACUGAAACCAAAGUCUGUGCCUGGAAAGGGUGUCAAGCCCACUCAACAGAUGGUCCUACCAUCAAGCAGCAAGAGUCCUCAGAAAGCCCGGCAGGGUUUCAGCUGCACUCAGGGAGCGGUCCUGCCACCUGUCUCCAAGGGCCAGCAGAAAGCCCACAGUCUCUAUCAGCAAACUUUGUUCCCACCAUCCCGCAUGUGCCUACAGAAAACUGCCCCUCAGUGUGCUAUUCAGCUACAUCUGACAGAGUAUGAGCUGGAAGAACUCAGAGAAUACAAACAGGUGUGGUACCUGGGGGAGAAGGCCAACAAGACUUGUUAUUCAAAGGUCACAGAUACUGAGCCUUUCAGUUCUAACAGCUCUGGCUAUGACACUGAGGAAGGAUACUACAAAGCAAUUAUCAAUGACCAUUUGGCCUACCGCUUUGAAAUAUUGGAGUUGAUUGGGAAAGGCUACUCCGGACAGGUCUUCAAGUGCAUGGACCACAAGACCAUGGAACUGGUGGCCAUCAAGGUCUUUCGAAACAUAAACAGAGUUCAUCAGCUGGGAAAGGCUGAAGUGAAGAUUUUAGAAACCCUGCGAGAGGCAGACAAGAACAACACAGCCAACAUCGUCCAUAUGAAGGAGAGCUUCUACUUCCAUAAUCACCUCUGCGUCACUUUUGGGCUCUUUGCAAAGGACCUAAAUAGAGCCUUAAAAGACACUGAUCAGCGUAGACUGAAGGAGACGGAGAUCAGGAAAUACACGGUAGAUGUGCUAAAGUGUCUACAGAUGCUCAGAAGGAAUAGGAUCAUCCAUGGUGACAUUAAACCGGAUAAUGUACUGCUCCACGAAAAGGAUGGUGAAACGCACACAGCAAUCAGUGACUUUGGAGCGAGCUACUUUGUGAGACACAGAGACCAGCCUCCUGUCCACACUCUGUACUACGCGUCUCCAGAGGUGCUCCUUGGCAAAACAUGCAGCCCUGCUACUGACAUGUGGAGCCUGGGCUGCACGCUAGCUGAGCUCCACCUUGGUCACCGCCUCUUUCGUGGACAUGACAGCGUAGAGCAGUUCAGCUGUAUAAUGAAGGUGCUGGGCAUCCCUCCCUCAGAGCUGCUGGUGGAAGCUCCCAAAAGAAACAAGUACUUUGAUUUAUGUGGUGCCCCGCUGAAAAUCAAAGACAUAAGACGCCACAGAACCACUCUGGCCAAACGCCUGAAUUCUGACAGUGCCCGUUUUGUGGAUUUCAUUCAGCGCUGCCUUGAAUAUGAUCCAACAAAGCGCAUGACACCAGGGGAGGCCCUGCGGCAUCCAUGGAUUACUGAGAAUCCAUGCCGGGCCAAACCUGCAACGAGUGCUCGAAAAACUAGAUCAGAUGCCCCAGUGCUCUCCAGAAAGAAAAAGCCUGCCCUGAAGAAAAGAGUGAAAAUGCCACCGGUGCGUUUACAGCCAACCAACAAGACCAAAGCAAAGAAGGGUGGAAAAAAGACACAUAAAGGUCCCACAUGA